AUGGCUUUCGGUGAUCGCGGAGGUCGUGGCGGCGGUGCCCGUGGAGGCGGACGUGGCGGUUUCGGCGGCGGACGUGGUGGCGCCCCCGGUGGUGGACGUGGCGGCUUCGGCGGUGGUCGCGGUGGUGCUGCUGGUGGCGGACGAGGUGGCUUCGGUGGUGGACGAGGUGCUCCUGGUGGACGUGGUGGUGGGUUCGGCGGUGGACGUGGUGGUGGACGAGGUGCUCCUCGCGGCCGUGGCGCUCCCGGUGGCCGAGGCGGUCGCGGUGGAGGAAAGCCCGGUGCUCGUGGUGGUUCCAACGUCAUUGUCAAGCCCCACCGUCACGCUGGUAUCUUCGUCGCCGAGGGCAAGGAGAUGCUCCUCGUCACCAAGAACAUCGCCCCUGGAGAGUCUGUCUACGGCGAGAAGCGCAUUUCUGUCGAGACACCCGGUGCUGGUGCUGACGGCACCACUGCCAAGACCGAAUACCGUGUCUGGAACCCUUUCCGUUCAAAGCUUGCUGCUGGUGUUCUCGGCGGUCUCGACAACAUUCACAUUGCACCAGGCAAGAAGGUUCUCUACCUCGGCGCUGCCAGCGGUACCUCGGUUUCGCACGUUGCCGAUUUGGUAGGUCCCGAAGGUAUCGUCUACGCCGUCGAGUUCUCGCACCGAUCCGGACGUGAUCUUAUCAACAUGGCCAAGAAGCGUACCAACGUUAUCCCCAUUGUCGAGGACGCCCGACACCCUCACAAGUACCGCAUGCUCGUCGGCACCGUCGAUGUCAUCUUUGCCGACGUUGCCCAGCCAGACCAGGCUCGUAUCGUAGCACACAACGCCGAGUCGUUCCUCAAGAACGAGGGUCACGCACUUAUCUCGAUCAAGGCCAGCUGUAUCGACUCGACAGCACCAGCCGAGGCCGUUUUCGCCGCCGAGGUCAACAAGUUGAAAGGCAUGAAGUUCAAGCCCAGAGAGCAGCUUACCUUGGAGCCAUACGAGCGUGACCACGCCAUGCUUGUCGCUCAGUAUCAGCGCCACAAGGCAUAG